CCGUAAAGCUUCCCGCGCGCACACCGGUGGAAAAUCAGCGGCACGGAGCAAAAUCAACCACACUUUCCUAAAGAUCCACAUUAUUGGACCAACUUCUCCAGUUCACUUUAUUUUCUGUUACACAACCUGCCCUGUUUCCAAAAUGCCUCGCAUUGAGAAUGACAUCAAGCUGGACUUCAAGGAUGUGCUCCUCCGUCCCAAGCGGAGCACACUCAAGUCAAGGAGCGACGUAGACCUGCUGAGAAGCUUCAUUUUCAGGAACUCCAAGGGCAGCUACAGAGGGAUCCCCAUCAUCGCUGCAAACAUGGACACUGUUGGGACCUUUGAGAUGGCUGUGGCUUUGCAUCCGUUCUCUCUCUUCACUGCAAUUCACAAACAUUACACCGUGGAUGACUGGUCGGAGUUUGCAAAAAAGAAUCCCGAAUGCCUGAAGAGUGUAGCUAUCAGCACAGGGACCGGGGAAGGGGACUUUGACAAGAUUUCAGCCGUUGUGGCGGCGGUGCCAGAGCUGCAGUAUAUCUGCGUAGACGUGGCCAAUGGCUACUCUGAACACUUUGUUCACUUCGUCAAAGAUGUCAGGGAAAAGUUCCCCUCUCACACUAUAAUGGCAGGAAACGUGGUGACAGGAGAGAUGGUGGAGGAGCUGAUCCUGGCUGGCGCUGACAUCAUCAAAGUAGGCAUCGGACCAGGCUCCGUGUGUACCACCCGCAAGAAGACAGGGGUGGGGUACCCGCAGCUCAGCGCUGUGAUCGAGUGUGCAGAUGCAGCCCAUGGCUUGGGCGGCCACAUCAUCUCUGAUGGGGGAUGUACUUGCCCCGGAGAUGUCUCAAAGGCUUUCGGUGCUGGAGCGGACUUUGUGAUGCUGGGUGGUAUGCUCGCUGGCCACAUGGAAAGCGGGGGAGAGGUCAUUGAGAAAAACGGCAAGAAAUACAAACUGUUCUACGGAAUGAGCUCCGACACGGCGAUGAAGAAACACGCAGGAGGCGUGGCUGAGUACAGAGCGUCAGAGGGGAAGACAGUCGAAGUUCCUUACAAAGGUCCAGUGGAAGAGACAAUACGUGACGUCCUGGGCGGGGUCCGGUCCACAUGCACCUACGUUGGGGCAGGCAAACUGAAGGAGCUGAGCCGCAGGACGACCUUCAUCAGGGUCACCCAACAGCUCAACACCGUCUUCGGCAACGACAGCUGAACACGCAGCUCGAUCCUGCUUCAGGUCGAAGGAUAAGUCUGCAACACUGCCCGACUCCCACAUGUAGACACAAGUGAACAGGCAUCCAUAUUAAUACCUAAAUACUGUCCUUUUUCUACCCCAAUUGGUUGUGUUAUCUGCAUAAGCUAAGGUUCAAUGCAAUUUUGAGUAUAUUGGGUUUUCUGAAUGUUAAUUUUUUUUCAUACAGUGCAGUGUUUCAGGGCUCAGAGAGUCUCUAGACAGUAAGAUAAACAUCUGCUGUCUCCUCAUUCCAAUGCAAGCUCCUUAAUUGUUCUUUUUAUGCAAAUCUGUUGUAGGUUUAAACAGAAUCUACAACAUGUGUCUAUGCUCUGUGUCGAGAUCUUACUGUAAGCCUCCGUCACACACACAUACAAACAUAGCAAAUGUCUUAAAUUAUUUAGAAAGUACUAAAUAUGAAUGCAGCUGCUGAGGCUAAUCGGAACUGUCUUUAGAAAUGUAAUCAUUCCAACACUCUUUAAGUUUUGCACUUAAAUGAUCUGUAAUUUAAGAUUUAAAUUAAAUGUUGGUAUUUUUUAGCACAGACCUUACUUUUCCAUGUUUUUCGUGUCUAAGCGAUUACAAUUUUUGAAAUAAUUGAAGUAUUGAGAGAGCGCGCUGCAGCCGCACAGCAAAACAGUCUGCAAUGUAGUCCCUACGUGCAAUCGUGCACUGUUGAUUUACAUCCAUUGAAAGUGCUUGUUUUUGCCACUAACAGGCUCAGAUUGUUGAUAAUAGUGUCUGGCAUCUUAUGGAAAGGAUCCCUACAGAGAUAUGAAACUGGACUGCUUGUUAUUGUGACCAUAUAUUGCACAAGGAGAAAAAUGACUUUGAAAUCUUGCGAGAGGUUUUGUGUUUCAAGAACAACGGAAGAAGCAUAAGUGACAGUUGGAGAAAGGAGUGCCUGGAAGAAUUUUCUGCAUCAUGGCUGAAUAUUUAGCAAAUUUUUUUCGCUAACUGCGGAAAAAAUCUGAGACUUGUCGUUGAGAGAGACUUGCUAGCUGCCCACCAGUGUCGUUAGACGUUGAUAUUCGGUUGAAUUUAGGUUGUGACGUUGGGUGUAUGGACAGUAUCUAAUGCCAAUAUUAAUUUGACGUAGAACACUGACAACAAGUGACGUUGGUAUUAGUAACCAAAUUAACCAAAACUCAGUGUCUUCCAAACGUGUCUUGCCAACAUCGUCUUGAUGUAGGAUAACAUCCAUACCUAACAUUUAGUUGUUAGGUAUGGAGAACAACCCAUCAUCUGCACAACAUUAGAAUGUUAAUGUCCACACGACGUAGUAUUCUAACAUCACUAGACAUUUAAAAUAUUGUUAAUAUGAUUUUCAUUCAUACACAGAGGUUAGACACAACAAUAAACAGACUGGAUCAAGGAAAAGUAAAGUUUCGGACACUCAUAAUAACAAUCUGAGCCUGUUCCUGGCAAAAACAAGCAGUGUGGUUACAUUGCAGCCUGUUUCUUUACUGCCAGCUGCAGUUGUCUCUCAAGACUGGACCAAUUUAAAAUUUGUUGUCUCCAUGAGUCACUUAGUUUCCCUUUAAGAGUCUAAUAUUUAGUUUCCAUUAUUGUUCUACAGAUAUGUUUUGAAACUUGUGUCAUACAUUUUAAGUAGUAGAUGAAUUUUGGGAAAAGAAUUUAUACAUGGACCAGUAUAUGUUGAAUGCUAGUACACCACUAGAGCACAUGCAGUACAUAGCCUUAAGUGCUGAAUUCAUAGCAGAGGUGUUCAAGAUCCAAGUAUUUGCAGCUUUUCUCCUCUCUCGUUCUAGCUGCUCUUGAUCAGUACCAAAGUUUGUGUGGGCUUACGUUAGUGGUGUGCACGUUUAUAUUAUGAUUUAUUACAACCUUUAAAUUAAGGGGUCAUUCCUUGGAGGUUUCACACCGUAUUCUGGGGUAAGGUUUCACUUCACACAUUGUCUGUAGACACUCCAUUCCAAGCUGUUUUUACAUGAUCUGUGCUGGUUUGUUUUCUCAUCACAUCUCAUCACAUCGGUGUGAAACUGCAGUUUUUAAAUCCACUUGUUUUAACCGGUCAAUAAAAACAUUCCACAUCUUAAAA